AAAAAAAAAAAAAGCCCCGCGUUUGCCUCUGGAUAAGUUAGGCUCCAAGGAAAAGGUCAAGCUGCAUGGAGCAAGUGGGAUUCAACUUUCAUGCCAAGGAGGCCAUGUCAGCGGAAUUGAUUUCAUCUGCAGGAGAGGAGGGACACCUUGGCUCAGGACCCAGUUUUAGGUCCAGUCGGAGGAAGAUACUAAACCUGCUCCUGGAGAGAGACACUUCCUUUACCACCUGUCCAGAUCUCCCUAGAACUCCAGUGAACAAACUCUUUGGCAAUUCUGCAAACCUAAGUGUUUUGUCUGGAGGAACCCCAAAAUGUUGCCUUGAUCUUUCAAAUCUUAGUAGUGGUGGGGAGAUGUCUGCCAAUCAGCUUACCAUUUCUGCAGACCUUGAUGAAACCGGUCACUUGGAAUCUAAAGGACCUCAGGACACACAUUUAGCUGGGAUGAAUCAUCACCAGCACCUUACAAAAUGCAGCCCAGCACAGCUGCUUUGUAGCACUCCAAAUGUUUUGGACUGUGGCAACAGGAAGAAAGUUGCACUGUGUAGCUCAUCCACAAAUAAAGAAAAUGAGAACAACACUUUGAAGUCCUCCAAGUGGUGGGAACCCAGGAGCCUGAAGUUUCAAAAGAGACCAGGGGGGCCUUACAUGUCUCCCCUUUCUCUACUGGACAAUGGAAACUUGGUGGAAAAAGAAAUGAAAUAUCUUGGCAGUCCCAUUACUAUACUUCCAAAAUUGGAUAAAAAUUCAGAACUAGGAGAACACGAGGCAGAGAUUUCAAAUGAAUUGAUGGAGUUUUCUCUGGAAGAUCAAGAAGAGACCAAGGCAUCUCUGAAUAGAAGCUCCUUGUAUCGCUCCCCUUCAUUGCCAGAGACUCUGAACAGGCCAAGACUGAGGCAGGUGGUGAAAUUCAAGGAGUAUUGUUCACGCCACAAAGAAUUCAGGAAGGGCUUAGGUCUAAAGAAGACAGUCUCUCUCUGUGAUGUUAAUAUCACUCAGAUGCUGGAGGAAGAAUCGAACCAGGGAUCUCUGAUUGGUGAUUUCUCCAAGGUGUGUGUGCUGCCAACCGUGUCAGGAAAAUACCAAGAUCUGAAGUACAUCAACCCAGAAACAGUGGCUGCCUUACUGUCAGGGAAGUUCCAGAGUCUGAUUGAGAAGUUUUAUAUCAUUGACUGCCGCUAUCCAUAUGAGUACCUGGGCGGACACAUCCAGGGAGCCUUAAAUUUGUACAGUCAGGAAGAACUAUAUAACUUCUUUUUGAAGAAGCCUAUUGUUCCUCUGGACGCCCAGAAAAGAAUAAUCAUCGUGUUCCACUGUGAAUUCUCCUCAGAAAGGGGUCCCCGAAUGUGCCGCACUCUGAGAGAAGAGGACAGAGCUCUGAACCAGUAUCCUGCAUUGUACUACCCAGAGCUAUAUAUCCUCAAAGGGGGCUACAGAGACUUCUUUCCAGAAUAUAUGGCACUGUGUGAACCACAGAGCUACUGCCCUAUGCAUCAUCAAGACCAUAAGGCUGAGCUACUGAGGUGUCGAAGCCAGAGCAAAGCACGGGAAGGAGAGCGGCAGCUGCGGGAGCAGAUUGCCUUACUGGCGAAGGAUGUGAGCCCAUGACACUGGAUCAGUGGUUUGCUGCUUAGAAGUCACCCAAAGACACUGUAGAAACCCUGAGCAGCAAGAAGUCAUAUUGUAUGUGAUGAAACCCAAGAUUGUUAAAAGAUGUCUGUGAACAAACAGGCUGCCAAGCUAAUGAAAUUCCAGGCCCGGCGGUUGGUUUUGGUGCAGCUGCUGGCUGGUGACUACGUCCCUGAGCUGGCUUUAGAAGCCUGUAGGGUUCAGUGGAGAUUUGUGUUGCUUCAGGAGGUGGUUACAUUCUCUUCCCAGUGCGUGUCUUCUCACGAGCCAGCCAGCUCUUUCUCUCCCUGAGCUUCUGCCUGUGCACGGGAGUUGUGCAUUUUUCUCUGUACUUUCUUCUUUGUUUCCCUCUCUCUCUUUUUGUUAAAUGGGAAAAUAAACACUAUAGAAUGAGAGAUUUGAUUGUGAGCCCAGUCUGCUCCUAAAAGAUCUUUAUAGAGAAGAGAUCACCAAAUUAGACCCCUUUAAACAAAGGUGUAACCAUCUUGAUUUAUAUUUGAGGGCAAGGUGCUUCUCUCUAGAUCAGUGCUUCUCAAAGUUUGGGCCCUGGACGGUAGGCAUCAUCUGAACUUUGAAAUGUAAAUUUUCCAGCCUCAACACACACUUAAUAAAACACAACCUCAGAA